AUGGAUACAGAGCACACUGUCAAACAAGAGACCCCGCAACCGCUGGAAUCGGACCGUAUUGACAUUCCAGAGACGAUUGGUGGUUCUCAGACACGUAAAUACCUAAAUAAAAGUGUAACGCCGGCGUUACUUCGAGGUAUGCGGCUAGUCGCUAAACAUCAACCUGAAAAUCCACUCAAAUACCUUGGUGAGUAUCUGAUUCAGGAGAGCCAGCAGCCUGUCACCCAGAAAGAGAACACAUCAUCACCGAAACCUUAA